CUCGGGUCUCAGCCCGGGCAGGCUUCGAAUGCGACGCCCUGUCGCAAACAGAUCUGGCAACACUCGCGUAUCAGGCUUGGCUUGAGUUGAGGAAACUGUUGAAGCAACUUGUACUUGAAUUCUGAGAAUCGUCGUUUCUUGUUUACAAAAGAAGGUUUGCCUGUCUUCCCACUUCAGUAUAAACUCAGUGCAAGAGUCUCGAAACAAUUAUGUUAUUUCGAUUCAGCAUUCGUGCGUGAAUGUAGUUGAAGGAGCGAGAGCUUAAAUACUACAGCGUCGAUCAACGAACGGGCGGAAGGCCCCAUCCGAUUUUCCACUGCUACACAAUAACUCGGACAUUGGUGCUCAACGGAGAACAAGGGGACAGUGGCGCAAUGCCACCCUUGGCAUGGGCGCUGUUGUGCCUGAUGGUUUGCCAGUGGAGUGCACCCAGCUCAGGCAACAUGGAGUUUGUUUGUCCGUCUGGAAACGGAUGGCUGUUCAUGCCCACGACGGACAACGUUACCGUAGAUGCCGCUGAGUCCCUCUGUCUGUCCAAGCAUGCCAAGCUGCCUGACGAUGACGUCUGCAUUGGCAAGCUAGCAGCGAAGGUCUCGCCAAGUCUAGGUUACAGGCCAAGGAUCUGGCGGCAUAGUACAGCACCAUCCGGAGAGAAACUGUCUGCCACUGACAGCACGAAAAAUUCACAAGAUUUGAAGCAGCACGUAGCCUGCUUUACAGAUCUCGGUGUGAAUGGUUGCGUGGCUGAUAAGGAUUGUCCAUCAGAUUACAAAUGCCUGAAGGCGGUGAAGCAUGGCGGAAAGAAUAGCUGCGCAAGUAACCUAUUUCCAUCAGUUUUUGAUGUUGAUGAAUGUACGUCCGGAACGCAUACGUGUGCUUCGGAUCAGAAUGCUACAUGUGCAAACACUUUGGGUUCUUACCAAUGUUUAUGCAGCAGUGGGUACACCUGGACUGGAUCUAAAUGUUCCGACGUGGAUGAGUGCACAUCACUGAAGCAUGCAUGUCUUAAGGGGGGAAUGACCCUUCGCGCACGCCAUACUGGACCGUACAUGUCAGAACGACCACAACUUCCGUUUCCUUCAAUAUUUCUUGAUGAAAUUUUCACCAUGUCUUGA